UACUGUAUAUAACUUUCUGGUGAAUCGGCUGAGGGUUUCCGGCGCCACGCUAGAAGAAAAAGCCCUCUCUCAAAUUUUCCCCAAUUGUCGUGAACGGCAGCAGCAAUUUUGUGGUUUGAAGUAUCAAUUCGACGAAAAUAUUAAGGAAAGGGGCUUUACAGGAAGAAUGCCAGGAAAGAACUCCGGAUUAUGUCACAGCUGUAGGAGUAAAGCCCACUUUUUUGCCGAAUGCCCGAUAAAAGUCCGAUGUCCAACGUGUAACCAAGGUUUUCAAAAGUGGUUUGAGGUAGAACGGGCUACAGCCAACAAAGGAAAAUUCUUCAAAUGUUGCAGUCUUAAAUGUGGUUUCUGGGAGUGGUGCAAAGAAGGGGAAUCAAGCGGCAAAGCCAAAGACGUUGUUGUUAUGUUUCCGAAGCCGGAUCCGAUAGAUUCAGUUGAUGAUAUGUCCCGCAUGUUUCAGUCACAAGUUCGGCUAAACGAUGAACAAGAACUCCACAUUUCUGUGAAUGUGACGAUCCAAACGGGAAAUUCAAGCACCGAGUGGAACACCAAGGGCAAGGGGCCGGCUUGAUUGGCGGUGCAUUUGUGUUUAGUUAUAUCGAAUCUUUUGUUUGUGUUAGCAGUGUUAGCUUUAGCAGAGUCAAUGUUAGGUUGUUGGUUUUAUUGUUAUCUCCUCCAAUCCAGUAGAUGCAGAGGAGAAGAGGUUUUUAGCAUGCAACAGA